ACCGUUUUCUAUUUCUUCUGCAGUGUUGAUACAGACUGAUUGGAUUAAACAUAUGCCUCCGCCUUGCCAAUCUGGCGCUUGGCGGUUACGUGCGAUAGUCGCCCUGGCUGGCUGGCACAAAUUGCGACGGAAAACCACACCGAAUGGGGAUAUUGAAUAUAACGCUGGCCCCCGCUGGCGUGUGCUGUCUGGAGGCCAGUACGACUGGAAUAUGUCGUUCCUUUCGGAAAUCUAUGCCACCAAUAAUAAACAGAAGAAAAAAAAACAAACAACUAGUAAGCACGGUACCAACAACAACCGCCGCCAUUCUGCCCAUUUCCCAGCGGUGCACAUAAUCGUAUGUCAUGGCAACCCUCAACGAGGUGGCAUCUCCGGUGUACUAAAAUCCCCAAAUCGGGUUGUGGUGGCAAGCCCACCACCUGUCACCGGUCACACUUCAUAUCCUCCCAUCGACACCGUAAAAACCUUCUCCACACACAAUUGUCCAAUUGCAAGAGACCAAAAAGAUCAAAUUACUAUUGAUUCAGCAACUGUGUGUGAGAAAAGAAAAAAAAAAAUACUCGGAAAUCAAACUUGUGGCAGGGGGCAUAUUCUAAUGUUGGUGGAUGCCGAAAUCCAACGCAACCCGUGCUAUAAACCAUCCCUGGCAACACCCCCCCCUGACCACCACCUGGUGGCGGCUGCCGAAAAUCCCAUACAUUGAAAUCAAAAGAUGCCCCCGCAUUCAGCUCCAUAAGCAUCCAUCCACCAUCAGCAUUAACACUGCUGGGAAAGCGGCCAAUGCCCGCCUUACUCUGGCAGUCAGUGGUUCCCAAACUGCCAAAAGGACCCCAUCGAUCCCAGAUGACAAACUGUCGACUGUCAACCUGGCCGGUGACAUCGCGGAGGGAGACCCACCCGCUACCGGCACUGCCGUGUAUUCCAGCCAACAUGGUGUACAUUUUAUCUUUCCCAUCAAAACCCAAUGAAGGUGUCAACCCGCCACGCAACAAAACUUCGUCGUCUUCCAAAACCCCAUGAUGGAAACGGUGAUGUGCGUGGUAUCAUAAAUAUGGGAGUCGCGCCCACAUCAAUUGUGUUGAUACAGACUGAUUGGAUUAAACAUAUGCCUCCGCCUUGCCAAUCUGGCGCUUGGCGGUUACGUGCGAUAGUCGCCCUGGCUGGCUGGCACAAAUUGCGACGGAAAACCACACCGAAUGGGGAUAUUGAAUAUAACGCUGGCCCCCGCUGGCGUGUGCUGUCUGGAGGCCAGUACGACUGGAAUAUGUCGUUCCUUUCGGAAAUCUAUGCCACCAAUAAUAAACAGAAGAAAAAAAAACAAACAACUAGUAAGCACGGUACCAACAACAACCGCCGCCAUUCUGCCCAUUUCCCAGCGGUGCACAUAAUCGUAUGUCAUGGCAACCCUCAACGAGGUGGCAUCUCCGGUGUACUAAAAUCCCCAAAUCGGGUUGUGGUGGCAAGCCCACCACCUGUCACCGGUCACACUUCAUAUCCUCCCAUCGACACCGUAAAAACCUUCUCCACACACAAUUGUCCAAUUGCAAGAGACCAAAAAGAUCAAAUUACUAUUGAUUCAGCAACUGUGUGUGAGAAAAGAAAAAAAAAAAAUACUCGGAAAUCAAACUUGUGGCAGGGGGCAUAUUCUAAUGUUGGUGGAUGCCGAAAUCCAACGCAACCCGUGCUAUAAACCAUCCCUGGCAACACCCCCCCCUGACCACCACCUGGUGGCGGCUGCCGAAAAUCCCAUACAUUGAAAUCAAAAGAUGCCCCCGCAUUCAGCUCCAUAAGCAUCCAUCCACCAUCAGCAUUAACACUGCUGGGAAAGCGGCCAAUGCCCGCCUUACUCUGGCAGUCAGUGGUUCCCAAACUGCCAAAAGGACCCCAUCGAUCCCAGAUGACAAACUGUCGACUGUCAACCUGGCCGGUGACAUCGCGGAGGGAGACCCACCCGCUACCGGCACUGCCGUGUAUUCCAGCCAACAUGGUGUACAUUUUAUCUUUCCCAUCAAAACCCAAUGAAGGUGUCAACCCGCCACGCAACACA